AUGUCGAGUUCUGCCCACCCGAGAUUAGGACCAGAUAGACCGUCCCUAAUUUCACCCAUAUUCCAUGCUUCCGAGCUUGACACGAAGGAUCGCAUUUGUGCCGCUUUUACCGGGCGGGGAUCAUCGCUGGGACAAAACAGCCGAUUUUCUUUCCAUACGCCGCCCAAGCCUGACCCUGUCAAACAUAGCGAGACGGGCUCGCAACCCAGCCCGUCGUCGCUGCAUUUCACGCAGAAUCUCCAAUAUCUUGCCGCAGAGCUUGGGUUCAAACCCGAGUUCUUGACAUGGCCAAACGGCGCUUGGCCGCAUUCCGGCAAGGUGAUUAUUGCAGAAGACGUUGAAUGGGAUGUGAGCCCGCGAACGGGCGGCAUCGUACCUGUGAAGAUACAGGGCAAUGAGCGAAACGCCGUGGCAUACGAUGGCAUUGUGACUCGAUCUCCCCGUUUUGUGCUUGGAGUGCAGGGUGCGGACUGCCCUUCAAUAUUCAUGUACGCGCCUGAAUCCGGGGUGAUUGGCCUGGCGCAUUCUGGCUGGAGGCCACUGGUACGAGGCGUUGCGGGCAAUAUGGUUCAUGCAAUGAUCGGAUGUGGGGCACAAAAAAGUGAUAUAAAAGCGUAUAUCAGCCCUGGAGCAGGCGAUCAUUACAACCAGUUCCACUGGGGUGCUGAGAUGGAGCCACAUAUCCGCGAUGUAUUUGUUCAAGCUGGGCGUGAGGAUCUCCUCCAGGCAUCUGACCUGAGGCAUGAAAUGACUGAAGAGGAUAGACAACAAUUGGAGAUGGCUCUAGGCAAGGAAGUUUUGCCUGGGGCAUCGUUCAAGCUCACGGAAUUUGCCUCUUCUGAGCUCCAGCGCUAUGGUGUGAGUUCUAAAAAUAUCAUACAGAAUGAUGAUUCAACCAUUGUGACUCGACAAUAUCUACCAGAUGCCGUGGCAGACAGCAUGUUCCGAUAUCACUCAUAUCGCCGAGAGUGGCCUAAUCAUGGGCUUAGCAUGAGCGUCCUAUUCCUGAAACCUGGCGGGCGAAGCGAAGGGGAGACAUAA